AUGAGUGGGAGGAUGGUCUCCCAACGCCUGACUCCGCUAAUGCGGAAAGGCUUGUUGACCCGCCAGGCGCAUUUCUAUGGGAGUCGGACAGGAGGCCUAUUGAGAGUGGAUAAUGUCGCUAUUAGAGGUCGCGCAUGGCCAGUUGGGGCCAGCUCAAUCCACAACAAUCACCUUGUUGUGAGGAAUAUAUCGUUUAUGAGGAUCUUACCACGACUUGCGAUAAAGCUAGCUCGCAUCCCGGCAAUGUUUGGCGGAGCGAUGAUUGCAGGAUUGGCUUAUCUACAAUACCAAGCUACACAGGCCGGGAAUUAUGCUUUGGAUAUUUUCAAACAGGCUGGUGAGACUGCUAGUGGUGCGGCGUCGAAUUUCUUACAAGGACUGCAAGAUGUGGCGGCUCAAACCAACCGCGGUUGGCAAAAGGCGAAGGAGGAGACGGAACUUCCGGAGUGGAUGCAAAAGAUAUUACGCUUGAAAGAAGUGGACGAAUCUGAAGGAAACGGCUCAGGAGGAGGGGGUAACUCUCCAAAGGAGGGUCAACUCGCCGCUGCCACCGCUGGAGCAGCGGCUGGAACUGCCUAUGCUUAUGAUGAGACGGAGGACAGCGGCCAGCAGUUGCGGAAUGAAGCCGACGAUGACCAGAUGAUGGUCCUGACGCGGAAGAUGAUUGAAAUAAGGAACAUCCUUACUCAAGUCGGGCAGUCUAACACUCUAACUUUGCCCUCGAUCGUCGUCAUUGGAUCUCAAUCUUCUGGUAAAAGCUCCGUCCUAGAAGCGAUUGUGGGACACGAGUUCCUGCCCAAAGGAUCAAAUAUGGUAACUCGCCGUCCGAUUGAACUCACGCUUGUCAAUACACCAAACGCCCAGGCCGAGUACGGUGAAUUCCCUGCGCUGGGUCUAGGAAAGAUUACAGACUUUUCACAAAUUCAACGCACUUUGACCGACCUCAAUCUUGCAGUCUCCGGCAAGGAUUGCGUCACCGAUGACCCAAUUCAAUUGCAUAUUUACUCUCCUCAUGUUCCCGACCUCUCUUUGAUUGACUUGCCGGGAUACAUUCAGGUUGCGGGUGCUGAUCAACCCCCAGAAUUGAAACAGAAGAUUUCAGACCUCUGCGACAAAUACAUCCAGGCACCUAAUAUAAUCCUUGCCAUAUCUGCAGCAGAUGUCGAUCUCGCCAACUCUACAGCUCUCCGCGCCAGUCGACGAGUUGACCCUCGCGGAGAGCGUACGAUUGGUGUGAUUACAAAAAUGGACUUGGUCGAUCCUGCACGAGGCUUUAGCAUCCUAACAGACCAGAAAUACCCACUGCGUUUAGGCUAUGUAGGUGUUGUAUCCCGGGUUCCUCAGACGGCGACACUUUUUUCUCGUGGAAGUGGAAAUAUCACUACCGCCAUUGUUAAGAAUGAGAAGGCAUUUUUUUCAGCUCACCCCGGCGAAUUCGGACCUAGUGCGGAUGUAUCUGUGGGUGUGCCAGUUCUGCGCAAGAAGUUGAUGGCCGUUCUCGAGCAAACUAUGGCACGGAGUCUCGCUGGUACGAGAGAUGCUAUCAGUCAGGAACUAGAAGAAGCCACCUACGAGUUCAAAGUCCAGUACAACGACCGCCCUCUCAGCGCAGAGUCAUACCUAGCAGAAAGUCUGGACAGCUUCAAGCACUCGUUCAAAGCUUUUGCAGAGAAUUUUGGACGCCCUCAAGUGCGGGAGCUCCUGAAACACGAGCUCGAUCAGAGAGUAAUGGAUAUUCUCGCGCAGCGGUACUGGAACAAGCCCAUCGAGGAUCUUACGGCCCCUCUUGCAGAACCAGACCCAUUGAGCGACCUUCCUAAGGCUGACGCAGAGAACCUCUAUUGGCGUCGAAAGCUAGACGCAUCGACGUCGAACCUGACGAAACUAGGAGUUGGCCGAGUCGCCACGACAGUAGUGGCCGGGGCCUUGCAACAGCAUAUAGAACAACUGGUUGCGCAAUCCACAUUUUCGACUCAUCCCUACGCUCAGAAUGCUAUUAUGGAGGCGUGCAAUGGAAUCCUCAACGAUCGAUUCUUCAGCACGAGUGACCAGGUGGAGAACUGCAUCAAGCCGUACAAGUUUGAGAUCGAGGUUGAGGAGCCUGAAUGGACUAAAGGACGCGAAAACGUCAGCAAAGUCUUGAAGGAUGAACUCUCCGCGUGCGACGCUGCUUUCAAGCGAGUAGAAGACAAUGUCGGCAGACGGAAGCUGAAGGAUGUCAUGAGCUUUGUGGACCGUGUGCGAAAGGGCGAUGUUGUCCUCGACGGCAACGGUGCUGGAGGAGCCGGUGGCUUCAGUUCAGCCUUACUAGCCAAGGGCCGAGAGGGAAUUUUCCUCCGCGACCGAGCCGACAUCAUAAAAAUGCGCCUUCUAGCCGUGCGAUCAAAGCAAUGCUCCACGCUCAAGAACAAAUACUACUGCCCGGAGGUAUUCCUCGACGUAGUGGCCGACAAACUAACAUCGACGGCCGUUCUCUUCCUCAACGUCGAACUCCUCUCCGAAUUCUACUACAACUUCCCCCGCGAACUAGAUCUCCGUCUCGGCCGGCACCUAUCCGACAGCGAAGUCGAGCGGUUUGCACGCGAGGAUCCACGCGUGCGCAAUCAUCUCGAUAUCAUCAAGAAGAAAGAAACGCUUGAACUAGCGCUGCAGAAGAUUGAGAGUCUGCGACAGUUAGAAGGGCGAUCGAGGAGUACGCGAGAUGCGCGGGGAGAGAGAGAAAGAGAGACUGGUAAAGAGCGGAGGGGGUGGAGUAUUUUCUAA